AUGAUGCUGCGGGAAGUUGGCGCGGCUGUGCCGUGGGACGCCGUUGCCGUGGUGCUUGUUGCGUUCCUCUACGCGGCGCUGUGUUACAGCGUGCGCGUGCACGGGCGGGGUGUACAGAUCUCAACUUGUGUGUUCGUCACGUCCCUCGUGUCCACACAGUUGCUGGUGAAGGCGCUGAGCUCCCCCCAAUUCGGCUUCAAUUUUCCUGCCUGGCUUGCAGUAGCCCACUUCUUGUCCGUCUGGCUGUGCUGCUGCGCCAAAUGCGCUUGGUGCGGAGACUGGAAGACAUUGCUGCCAGGAUCCAUCGGAUCCUUCAAGCGUUACAGAACGUUCGUGGUGCCGAUCGCGGGGAGUCUUCCGCUGUCUGUGAUAUUCAACAACACAGCGGUCGUUUUCCUGGGCGCCGGGCUGAACGCCAUCGUCGGCACCCUGUCGCCGGUCUCCACGGCACUGCUCUCGCGCCUGAUGGGCCGGACGAUCCGGAGCAAGGCCUGGUUGGGCGUGCUGUCGGCCUUCUUCGGUGCCAUGAUGAUCGCGUGGGGCAAGCUGGGCGGCCACCACGCGAGCGGGGACGUCACCACCGGGCUGCUGUUCGGACUGGGCGCGGUGAUCUUCCGGUCCGUCAAGGUGGUCUUGCAGGACAUGCUGCUCUCCCCUGCCGCCUACGCCAAGGCAGACGCGAAGCCCCUGGUGGCGAAGAGCAGCGAGGAGGCCUUGGACCCGAUGCACGUGUGGUCCCUCCAGUGCCCCCCAGCAAUCCUCGUCUCGCUGCUCUACGCGUUCUGCUCGGAGAGCGUCGUCGAGCUCUGGGCGCGUCUCUCUCCGGCCGUUGUUGCAGUGGUUCUCUGCUCGUGUGUGAGCGCAGCAACGCUCAACAUCCUGGGGAUGUACACCAUUAAGUCCCUGGGCGGAAGCUCCAUGCAGAUCAUGGGCAAGCUGAACGUGAUCAUGGUGGUCGCCUUCUCGGUCGCCUUCAUGCAGGAGACGAUCCAGGGCAAAGUGAUGCUGGGCACCUGCUUCGUCGUGGCCGGCGUCGCGAUGUUCGAGUAUUUCCAGCACGGACAGAAGGCCGUUUCCCAGGCCAAGAAGGGGGCAGCGCAGCAGACGGUCUAG